UGUAGUCAUAUUACAGUCCGGAUGAUCACAAGAGUUUAAAGAGUCCUCGAUUAAGCUGAUCUGUUGCAUUCGUCGCGUUUAGAGUUAGGCAACAGCUGUGUAUUCUUCAAGAGUCGAGAGGUUGUUGGUGAAGUUUAGCAGCUCAGGAAGAGCCAUCAUGUCAAAGGCAAUCUUACUAUGCUUCCUGCUCGUCGUAAGUGCGGGGAAUUCUCUGCAAGCAGAAAAUGAUGCUAAUGCUGACGCUUGGUGGUAUUCUACCAAUUACCCUCCUGGACCAUUCAGUAACCCCAUAACUGACGAAGAGACAACUGCUGAUCCACAACCAGACCCCACCACCAUCACCCCUGCAGGAGCCAGCGUAUCUUGUGAGAGCACAACCAUGACGGUACUCCUCGACCGAGCCCUGCUCGAGAAUAACGGUGAUGCCACUGACGUUCACUACGAAGACCAGAGCUGUGUCGGCUACGACUACACCGGAAGUCGCAUAGCGGUCACCACCAGAUAUGACGACUGUGAUACAGUGUCAGAGCAAACUGAUGAUGUCAUCAAAUACUCCAACGUCGUGACGUACUUCAAACCGACGGGUGAAAACGGAUCGCUGAUCACGCGUGAUUUCCGCCUCAAGAUUCCCGUCACUUGCGAGAUCAAACGCCGCAGUCUACUCGGUAGCUCCUUCAAGCCCAAACUCGGAAUCGUGAGCUUCAGUGAGACCGGUUUCGGUAACUUCUCGCUCACUCUCGACCGCUACUCCGACAUCUCCUUCACCUCGCCGGCACCGGACCCAGACGCACUGGUGUAUCUGGGGGAGACGCUGUACUUCGGAGUGACCCUAGACGCGGUUUCUGAUCUGACGUUGUUUCUUGACCGCUGCUGGGCAACGCCCGAUGUCUACCCGAUGAACCCGAUCAAAUUUAUAUUCGUUAAAGAUGGAUGCGGACUGGAUCCUACCGUAGGCUUUCAUGAUAUACAGCGUUUAGUCAAAGGAUUCUCUAUCGAUGCUUUUGCUUUCAUUGGCGAAUAUCCAGAGGUAUACCUUCAUUGCGACGUGCUUGUUUGUGAUACCGACCCCGCAUCCCGCUGCUCACAGGGUUGUGUAACCAGGGCCAAACGUAGCGCAGCCGGGCAGCCUCGGGGUUCGAGCUCCAAGCCACACACCAUCUCUAACGGACCCAUGUCUGAUCACGCAGCUGCUGGUUCAAGCUCAAUGGACACAUCAUGGUUGGCGAACCCUGUCAACAUGAUGCUAGUGGCAGCCGCUGGUUUCUUCAUCACCAUGGUUGCUAUGGUAACGGUGAAAAAGUUGAGAUCACGUUCUAAAGCCUCUAAAGGAUACAGCCGUCUGCAGACUGAGGGAGAAAUCGAAGCUUAGAAAGAGGAGAAGAAAGACGAACAGGGAGAAGGGAGAGGAGGAGAUGAAAGAAGAAAAAAGAGAGGAGAAUGAUGAAUGAUGUUAAAGAAGAAGAAGACUAAAGAGACAUUAAGUUCGUGAUGACACGUGCUUUUCUGGGCAUUAAUUAAAUACCUCGCAAAUGGCAUAUCUCUCGAAUAUCAUGCAUAAUUAUCAUUACAGAGUAAUAUAACAUUCAUAAUUUGUAUGUUGAAACAAAAUUAAAAAAUGAUUAUAUACAGAUGUAGAAAAUUAAAAUAAAACGUUCUACAGUUGUAUUUCAGUAAACCUCUAGCUUUUUAUAAAGACAACUUUUGUGAAUACGUCUAU